AUGAGUCGUGAUAACCCGCGGCACGAUAUCGCCAGCCAGCCGGGGUCAGGCGGGGUCAAACGUGAGCCAAGGGUUUACGAGUUUACUAAUGCAUCGUUUCCAUUGCAGGAACGGUUGGAGCGUCUACACAAUGAAUUCAACGGCCAAGUGUCAUCCCUACAAGGGGAACUAACAGAAAUUAAGAACAUCAAAGAAGACCUCUCACGCUACAUCCGGGAGCUUGAGCAAGCAAACGAUGACUUGGAAAGAGCUAAAAGGGCGACAGUGACAUCCUUAGAGGACUUCGAGGCUAGGCUUAAUUUAGCGAUUGAGCGAAAUGCCUUCCUGGAGUCUGAGCUUGAUGAAAAGGAGGCGUUGAAGGUUAUGGUGCAGAGACUGAAGGACGAAGCCAGAGAUCUUCGGCAGGAGCUGAGUGUAAAAAACAAGGACGACGACGAGCCAGAUAAUGACAGGGCUCUCCAACACCAGCAGAAUCACCUGCACCUUCAACCUCCUCCCAAGUUACAGCCUCCUCCUCAGACAGUCUCCGAUGAAAAUGUUGAUUCCAAUAAACUUGUUUCCAGCACACAGCUCACAGAUUCUGUUCCAAGCACACCUGUAAAAACACACCCUUUGCACAACAUAAACAAUGGAAGUGUACCAAUGACGCCAUCAGCAAGGAUAUCAGCUCUCAAUAUUGUGGGAGACCUUUUAAGAAAAGUGGGGUUUCUAAUGACAAUAUUGGGGUAUCCUUCUGACCUAGAUGAAUUUUCAGAAGAUCCUGUAAAACUAAGGGCACUGGAGUCGCGUCUAGCCUCGUGUCGUACACUCGUGAAGGACAACCAGCGCCCCCUCAGCCUGCCUCCACCCGGCAACCACUCUGCCAGAAAGAACCAGCUGACAUGCGGCUCCCCCACCAUCCCCACCACUGUGAUUCCUGCGUAGAGCUACCAUACACCAAAAUUGAUUCCCAGACAGACUCAAGAGGGAGAGUAGCUGAACGCCUCAAGGAUAGACCAUGCAUUCCAAAACAGUGCUCGAUAACGUUAAGAAAAAGCCAGAUAACGAAUGAUAUAAAUGGCAUUGCUUUUACACACAGAACUCCUGAAUUGGCCAGAAAACCAUGUGAAUCUAGUUUAAGAAGAGGCAUUUCAGAAUACAUGCCUCGCAGACUACUCGGACGGCAGCAAAGUCAAUGCAGUCAUGUCUGUGGCAAUAGUUACCCUCUCUAUGUAACAAAAGAUGAAUAUUUUUUCUAAAAAGGAAUCCCAAAAGACUUGUCCCUUUUAAGUUAAAUUCACUUCUAUGCUGCAGGAGUAGGAGGCUCUCCAGGAUGUCCUUGUAUAUGUAAAUAGUUAGUUUAAUUGAUUGAAGAGAUUAUUGAUGCAUCCGUUUUAGCAAAGAUCCUUUUUUUGUUGUGGCAUAACAAGUGGUAAGGUAAUUAUGUUUUGAAAUACUGCUGUGUGCACCUCCUAGGUAAGCUUUUUUUUAUUUCAAGUAAUUUGCUUUUAGUUCAUCAGGUGCUCCAUUUUCCUGCAAUCUGUGGAAAGUUAUUAAAUUUAGCAAGCAGAUGCCUAAAUAUCCUGCCUGUUAUCUGCAAUGUGAUACUGAUCAAAAGAGCCAAAAGGAGGCAGCAAAGCACAUAGCAGCAGCACAGUGUUAGUGAUGGACCUCACAGUUAGUCACAUCAUUGUGAUCAAAUCAAGUGCCCAAGAAUCCCAUAUUGUGACACGGAAAAGCUGAUAAAUGCACACCGCCUUUAUUUAUGACAGUCAUCAGUGUUAUGGUAGUGAAAUGCAUUGCAGGCUUUAUGAUCUUGUGUAUAUGUGUAUACCAUGGGAAUCUUCAUGGAAAUAUCAGCCAAACAUUGAUGCGUCUUUCUUAAGCAUAAUUUUAUUGAUAGUGAAAAGUUUCUUUGCUGUAACUGAGAUGUUAAAAGUAGAUAUUUCAAUUUGAUUGUACACUGUACUUGUCAUUCACAGUGAAUACUCUCGAGUUGUGCUUAAGAAAUGGUGUCGCAGCCUCAUCUUCUAGUUUCCUCUGUCAAAUUCCAAUUUUGUACAUAAUGGUAACUCUUCAGUUCCUUGAUAUCUCUUGUUACAUAUUGAUAUAGCUGUACCAUAGCUUCUUGGUAGAUUGGACAAUAUCACCUAUGUAAUUUAUGAAAGGUUCCUCCUGAAGCAGAGGUUAAUGGUACAAUGUUUCAGAUGCCCAUGUUUUAAGUGGCAGAUAAGUAGGCUAAUAAUCAAGUCUUGAAAUUAAAUUAUGGAUUGUGUAAGAUCUUUUUUUUAUGAUUGGUUAAAUAGAUUCAGUAUUGUACUGUAAUCACCACUUCAGAACCAAACACAAAAAACCUGUGUAACUAGCCUAAGACUCGGUGAUAAAAGAAAAGAUUAUCAACAGCUGGGCAUAUUGUCCCAGAUGACUUUAGUUACCGGGAGUGUCAGGUUUUAUCUUGCAAUGACGUCACAUCUCCGAAUAUUCAAUCAGCAAAAUAUUUUCUCCACGUGCUUGGAUAAACCUUUUGUUUCAUUUGAUAUUUUUUAUUUUUUCUAUAUAGGUUUACUAUAGACAGUUAUCAAAUUAGUCUCAAGAUUAGAAGAAGGAAAACAAAUCUGACACUGAGAAUCUUUUCCAUUAUUGACUUUGAAAGAUAUUGGCAAUGGACAGGAUACAAUGUAUUCCUUUCCUUUUAAAGAACAAGUGAUGAAUAUUUACAUUUUAUAUUGCAUAUUUUGUUUAUUAGAUUGGUCUCUAUUCUCAUUAAAAAUUAGCAGAAACA